UUUCUUGCGGACCAACGCGAGACACCGAGGCGAAGGGCGGUCGGGGCCAGGGAAGUGCGGAAGGCGUCGGUCGGCGGCAGCUCUGCUCGGUCACAGCGCUUGAGGGGCGGUGUAGAGGCCGCCGGAGGGAGUGAAGAGGGAGAUGGCUCCGGCCAGCGGGUGGGGCCGGGCGGUGGGGAACACGCGGUCGUUCGUGGGCAACGCGCUGGGCGGCCUCCGCGGGUGGAGCAACCUCGCCUCCUGGACCGUCGCCGGAACCCUCGCCUACUACCUCUGGGUGAAGCCCGCGCGCCAGCUCCAGAAGGAGCAGGAGGAGCGAGCCGCUUUGGCUGCUGCAACGGAUCCUUAUCGUUACGUCGAGAAGCGGAAACCGAUUCCUGAUCCACAGGACACUGGCCUUAUCUAUGGGAAGAAGAGGGAGCCUACCAAAUCUCAAGAUUAGCUAGCGCCCUGGGCACAUCUUGUACCAAAUGUGCCGCCAGUUUAUGUGCAACAAUACCAGGAAUGGUUUCUGCGUAUCUGCUGGAUACAUGGUAAACGUUUUUUUUCAUGAAACUGUUCCUGCUUUGUGCGAGCAAAAAGCAGCUGUAGAUGGAUUUUCAGUCUGGGUACUUGAGCGGUUGUGCCCAGGAAGUGUUGUUCAUCUUCACUAUCGUCUAGGAGAGAUGAAGAUGCUUUCAGAAUAGAACAAAAGAGAGAGAGAGAAUGAUUUCUGUACUUUUUUUAUAGCAAGUUAAUCAUGUUGGCGUGUUUAUGUGUCACACUAUCAAUGUACACCAUGGCCAGGGGCUUUAUGUUUUUUUUCCUUCGGCGUACUGUUACUGCUAAGUAAUUGUAUUCCAUGAACUUUGGAGCUGAAUUGCGAUUGAAUUUAGCUUA